CUCGUUCAUACCCGGACUAACAACGUUUGCUCAAACAGCCAGUUUUGUAUUUUUCAGUGAUACAAAGCCUCCUCCUGCCAUCGCAUCAACACAAUGCCUCAUCGCAGCUGUUCUGUUGAGAUUAACAACAACUCUGGCUUCUACACUCUGGCCAACCCAAGGGCUUUCAGUGAGAGCGGCAAAUGCGAGGUCCCUUUGCCACCCAUGGUAGGUCCCUGCUCUGAAGCCAGUGCACUGUUUAACAAGGACACUGGCAGUGCAACUGGAGCAGUUGGAGUCUUCACCUAUGACCUUUUCAAUCCUGACACGAACGACUAUAGCCACGUCAUGGCUGUCAUGUUCUCCGUGCCGUAUGAUCGAAGCCUCUACUCCAACUGGUUUGCCGUGGGGAUCUUUGACAAAGGAACCGACUGCGACUAUAAUCUUUACGACAUCAUGUAUAAUGGGAGUGAAAAUAGUUUCGUGAGAGCCAAGGCUGACGGGUCCUGCAUUUCUUAUGAAGGUGACUACGUUGUUGUCAGUGCCUCCAUGUCUGAUUCAGGUGAAGCAGUCCUGAGGGUGGAUGUCAAUGACACAGGGAUGUACUAACACAACAGACGCGAGAUGUUACACAAGUAAUAUAAAACAAUCACUGUCAUCCCACUACGUAUC